AUGCGCUUGGAAGACCUCACGGUGCUGGGCACGCUCGGCCGCGGGUCCUUCGGCAUCGUGCGCCUCGUGCGCCACGCGGACACGGGCGCGACCUUCGCCUGCAAGUGCCAGGCGAAGGCCAAAAUCGUCGACGAGGCCAUGGAGGCGUACGUGACGAUCGAGUGCAAGAUCCUCGCCAUGUGCGACAACCCCUUCGUGUUGAAGCUCUACAGCACGAUGCAGACGGACCGCUGCGUCUACCUCGUGCUCGAGCUCAUGCCCGGCGGCGAGCUCUACAAGCACCUGCAGCAGAUGGUCUGCUUCCCGGAGCCCAUGCUGCGGUUCUUCGUGUCGCAGAUCGUCUUCGCGUUCGACUGCCUCCACGGCAAGGACGUGCUCUACCGCGACCUCAAGCCGGAGAACCUGGUGCUCGACGCCACGGGCUACAUCAAGGUCGUCGACUUUGGGCUGAGCAAGGUGCUGAGCGGCUGGAAGACGUGGACCAUGUGCGGCACGCCCGAGUACCUCGCGCCGGAGAUCCUGCGCAACGAGGGCCACAACCACGGCGUCGACUUCUGGAUGCUGGGGGUGCUGACCUUCGAGCUCGCCCACGGCCAGGGGCCCUUCGUGGCCCAGGACGAGAUGGCGCUCUUCGAGCUGAUCCUGAAGAUGCGGCCCAAGUUCCCGCGCGCGUUCUCGAAGAAUUUGAGAGAUUUGAUCUCGCGGCUCCUCUGCCACCAGAAGAAGCGGUUGGGCAACUCCAAGGAGGGC